AUAUGUAUUAGGGGAAUUUCCGUCGCUAAUCGUAGGUUAUAGUCCUCCCCGGCGUGGUCUACUUGCCUGCUAUCAUUCGCCUUAUCGAGAACGGCGUAACGUUCUAUAGCGGGAGUGUGCAUUAAUUGAUUUAGGUGCGCUUUUGUAAGUAUCUUUUGAAUAAUUAUUUUAAAAUACGUAUUUGUUCAUAAAUUACUCUGGCUCAUUAAGUUUGGCAAAAAUUUCCUACCUGACCGGUAAUCUAUAUAUUGACUUAUGUAUUAUUCUCUAGCUUAUACGCUAAGGUUUCUAUCAAACGAUGACGUAUUACAUUGAUAUAAUAAGACUUUUGGCCGCCCGAAAACUGUUUUGUUGGCCUGCUUGAACAUGCUUUAGAAUAAACUGACCUGUACCCUUUCUUAGAGAAUAAGAAUUUUGCCCACGUCCUUAAUAACUUAAUAUAACUGUGAACUUAUAUUUCAGGUUAAACUUAAUAAUCAAAGGAAUAAAUAUCCGAGUAAGGAUGUCUCUCAUUGAACAAGUCGUCAACUAUGCACAGAGUGUAAUGGCCAAGGCAGAUCCUCGAACAGAUGGAAUGCUGUUAAUGGACUCACCAUGGUUAAGUUUAAGCAUAUGUAUUUUAUAUGUUAUCUUUGUUCAAGUCAUUGGACCAAAAUUAAUGGCCAAUCGGGAACCUUUCAAAUUAAAGGAAUUAAUGAUUGUUUAUAAUUUUGCUAUGGUCAUAUUAUCCGGCUAUAUUUUUAUGGAGUUUGGAAUUUGCGGCUGGUUUGGUAAUUAUUCGUAUGGAUGUCAACCUGUUGACUAUUCUAAUUCACCAAACGCUCUAAGGAUGCUUAGAGUUUGCCAGUUGUUUCACCUCUCGAAAUAUAUCGAACUAUUGGAUACAGUAAUUUUUGUAUUAAGAAAGAAAUUUAAUCAAAUAUCUUUUCUACACGUUUUCCAUCACGGAGUUAUGCCAAUUAGUUGGUGGUUUGGCGUAAAAUUUGUUGCUGGUGGAUUCGGUACUUUCCACGGAUGGUUGAACUCAUGGAUUCAUUUUAUGAUGUACAUCUAUUACGGCAUUGCCGGUUUAGGUCCGGCUUAUCAAAAAUACAUUUGGUGGAAGAAGUAUAUGACAAGCUUGCAAUUGCUUCAAUUUGCCCUCGUGACAAUCCAUUCAAUUCAACUAUUCUUUAUACCAUGUAAUUAUCCAGUUCUAUUUACAUGGUGGAUUUUAUCAUACGCCGUUAUCUUUUUUGCUAUGUUCUCUAACUUUUAUGUUAAGGCAUAUAAAAAACCAAAGAAGGAGGCAGUCAGGAACGGAGUUCACAAUGGAAAAGAUAAAAAAGGAGAUUAG